GAGUUAAUGAAUGUUAUUAAACAAAUAUAUAUACAGUGUAGAAUUUUAUAACAGUUUAAGUCUGUCGAUUCCAAAUGAUUUGCCGAAAGCCUGCGGAAAACGCAGGCAGGCAGAAAGCGAAUUGAAUAGGAAGGAGAGUAAGGAGCAUAAUAAACCAGGAAAAUCCGAAAAAUUAUUUAUGAUGGUGAUGAUUUUAAGACUGAUAAACAGUGAUUUUCAAAAGUGUCUAUUUCCUUGUGUCUUUCUUUUAAUAAAAGUGUGGAAUAACACCGACCAAAGUCUUAACUUCACAGGAGCACAUAAAAAAUACCCUAAAGUACCUGAAAGACAUCAAUAUGUACCACAGUAUAUAGCCAAACAAAACAUUCUCUCGAAACAAUACUUUCACCGCCUACUACACCACUUAAAAUUGGUUGCAUCAAAUAUUAAUUCUUCUUCGUGAAUAUUUUUGUAGUUUUUUGUAUAUAAUAAAUUAAUACAUAAUGAUGGAUUAAUACAUAAUGGUGGAACCAUCCUUCAAAGCUUCAGCCUCUAAUUACUAUCUCAAAAAUAUAAAAAAAAAUGAAAGAUAUAUGAAAACCUUAAAUAGGAAAAUUGUAUGAUACUAUUAUCAGAAUAUCCCCUAAUGAAGCUAGCUGCAAUACUGGCGAAAUGUUGGGAACUCGCUUCCUUUAGGACCCGGUUUACACUCGAAAGCCUCAACAGCAAUACCUGUCUGAUGCCGGGCCGUGAAAGCCUCAAGUUUUUCAAAAUUGUAUGAUAUUUUUUGUACAGUUAUAAGAUGUGAACAUGUUAGCCGAAAU